AUGGUUAGAAAAAGUUUAUUGGAUAUACAGAAUGUGGAUUUCAUCAUCUUGACUGCGAUAUUACUAAAUAUUUCGUCUUGUGUUGCUCAUUAUCAAUCCGGACUUCUUCACACAUCAGUCAUAGCAAGUGGUCAUUUCAACAAUAGACCUUAUAGGCUGGGUUCACCGUACACCUUGGUUGAAAGAAGAUUUGGCUCACCAACGGCGAUCAGUAAAAGCCAAAUACAGCCAAGGAUACAUCAUGUUAAUCCAGCUAAAUCUUUGCAAGGUUAUCCUAGAUUGCAUUCGCCAGAUCUUUCGUUGGAAGAUCGGGUUAUAAGCAAAUUGUUAGGGACGCACGUAGCGAUUCUUCGCCAAGAAGAACGUCUUUGGCCACACGGAGUAUUUAUACCACCCACAAAUGCUAAGAGAAUGGGAUAUGGGCCUAAUGAAAUAGAAAAUACCGAUUACGAAGUUUGGCGAGAAUACGAUCCAUUUCUCCUGACUGGUUUUGAAGCUUUGGCAGCAGUACAAAGAUUAACAGCAAAAGGAGAACUAUUUUUUGGAGAAAUUCCUCACGACCGACAAUUGCGUUGGUUAAACUUUUUACGAAAAUGUAACAGAUUAGCAGGUCAUAUAAGAGCGAGUGAAAGACCUGGAUUCCCUUACUACAGAAUAUAAAAUUAAGGUAUCUCUAAAGAGAUUACAAUUCAUGUAGUUGAGAUGCACCUGUGAGAAACUAAUUAUCAUAUCUCAUCAUAUUUAAAGUUCAAAAUAAAAAAAAAAUCGGAUAGAUCCAAAACAGAUGGCUAAUUAACCUAAUAUUUUUUCACACGUGCCAAAUACAGCUCGAAGUAUGGAGACAAAAAAAAUUUUGGUACGCCCUAUAAUUUUUGAUUAUAGAAGUCCAUAUAAAGACAAUCUUGCAUAUAAAUCUGUUUUUGACCUUUAUUUAAUUUUACAUUAUGUAAA